AUGACGUGUGCUGACCGCUUCAUGGACGAUGUAGCUCGUAUGAUUGGCUACCGGCCUUUUCCCUGGAUGAAGUGGUGCUGGUCCUUUAUUACUCCGUGUGUCUGCAUAGGCAUCUUCCUGUUCCACCUGGCGAACUAUAAGCCGCUGACCUACAACAACUCAUACGUGUACCCGUGGUGGGGCGAGGUGAUUGGCUGGUGCAUGGCUCUGUCCUCCAUGCUCUGCAUCCCCGUCAGCGUCCUCUACAAACUCUUCAGAGCCAAGGGAACCUUCAAAGAGCGCUGGGCUCACCUGACGACUCCCGUGUGGGGGGCUCAUCACCUCGACUACAUGGCCCCCGACAUCAAGUCUCUGACGUCUCUGUCCCCCGGCACCGACGACAACAAGGUCAUCAUCUUCGAGAGCGUCAUGUGAGCGUCAUGUGACCUCCCCCCCCCCCCCACCCA